AUGUCGGAACCAAACACAAACCUGCGAACUCGACCAAGGUUUUUAACACCGUUCUUAGCUAUAGUUCUUCCGGUUUUUGUUGCAGCAGCGGUUGUCUACCGGCUCGACCCAUUCGAACCGGCUCAUAUACCUCUCAACGAAGUGAACCGGUCCACGUUGACCACUCCCUUACGUAACGAGCGCAUGCGAAUAGGAUCUGAAGACCUAGCAAAAGGACAAGUUGUUGGACCUGAAGAUUUGGUGUACGACGCUGCUACGGGUGUCGUUUAUACCGGAUGUGCAGAUGGGUGGGUUAAGCGAGUUACGCUGAAUGAAUCGGUGGUUGACUCGGUGGUUGAGAACUGGAUCAACACUGGAGGAAGACCACUUGGGCUCGCUUUGGAGAAAACUGGUGAACUCAUUGUUGCCGACGCAGAUAAGGGAUUGCUACGAGUAACAAGAGAAAAGAAGAUUGAGUUGCUUGUGAAUGAAGUUGAGGGCUUAAAAUUCAAAUUAACAGAUGGUGUUGAUGUAGCACAUGAUGGCACUAUUUAUUUCACCGAUGCUUCACACAAAUACUCAGUCAAGGAUUCUCUCCUAGAUAUAUUAGAAGGAAAACCUAAUGGUAGGUUUUUGAGCUAUGAUCCAUCUACAAAAGAGACAACCCUACUACUUAGUGACCUCUAUUUUCCUAAUGGAGUUGUUGUCUCACCAGAUCAACAUCACGUGGUUUUUUGUGAAACUCUCAUGAUGAAUUGCAAGAAAUAUUACAUACAAGGCCCAAAAAAAGGAAGCACAGAAAAGUUUUGUGACCUUCCUGGAAUGCCUGAUAAUAUUCAUUAUGAUGGACAUGGCCAAUAUUGGAUUGGAAUAGCCACGGCUAUUUCUCCUGAACUUGAUAUACUGCUGAAAUAUCCUUUUAUUAGAAAAGUUUUGGCAAUCAUCAUAAAACAAUUUCCAAGUUUGAGUCUCACAAAGAACGGUGGAGUUAUAGCUAUGGACUUGGAAGGAAAACCAGUUACACAUUAUUAUGAUUCCAAAUUAUCGUUAACCAGUGGGAUUAAGAUUAAAAAUCACAUAUAUUGUGGUUCUCUUUCAUAUCCUUUUAUAAUACGCCUUGAUAUUGAACAAUAUCCUGCUCUCACUACAAUUUAA